CAUCAGUGCAGCAGUGUGCAACGUUAUCAUCUACUACUUUAUUACUUUUGGAUAGCACGGAAAGUGGCGUCCUUGCGGCCUAACCUCUCAGAAAAUUGUGCCAGGUUUGAGUGGGAGAGAGACAAGAGAGAAAAAAAAUCAAUGGCGCUUCAUCCUUAAUCAAGAGUACUGCGAGCCUAUGGGCUGAAUGCCAUGAGAGAAAAGCUGCAAUUGACUUUGGCUUUUUAAGAGGAAGGUGAAGAUGGGAGCGGGGCGCUACAAAAAUGAUAACAUGAUGCGUGACUGGCUUUAAGAACAUACAGUAGUUUGCCUACCGACUUCUUUUUAAUACAAUUGAAAGUGAGUCUUGUUAUCCUUGUAAGGGCAGAUUUUUGCCUCGUGUGAAUGUGUCAAAUAUGACUACAUUUGCAUUGCAUCUGCCAGAUUUUUGUAGCGUUAUUGUCACUCUACUGAUGUUACUUUGUGAUCAGAAUUGUCGUUACUGAUGACGACUGCUGUUUCCCCAACUAAUCUCCCAUGUUGAUGUUUUCCAGGCUGCAUUAAUGCAUGGUUUGCAUCAAAUGUCCCUUUUUUGCACGGUAAUUCCUUAAGGUUCACUUCAGCUUUUAGUGGGCUGGCUCUGAUGUCAGCUGGCUGGUUGGCUGGUGGACAGAGUGCAGCAGCAGGACAGUCACACACACACACACACACACACACACAGACACACCGCCGUGUCUGCACGCUUUACUAUUAAUACUGCAGCCAUGCACCCGUCUCUCUCUGCAUGAACUGAAACCCUGGAGGCUUGAGGACAAAGGCAGAUUAAACGCCCAAAUUUGAAAUCCCCCCUCCUCCUCCUCCUUUUCCUCUGGGAUGGAUUGAUGAAGAGCGAUAGAGCACGCGCCAGAGAAGGAAAGUGGGGGGACUGCAGUACACGCAGGGUCUGGAUGAAUAACCAUGGCAACAGCAGCAGCAGCAGCAGCAGCAGCAGCAGCAGCAGCAGCAGUCGCGGCGGCAGUGCAAGCGGAGAUAUAAACAUUGCACAGGAGCGCAUCCAUCUGCAUUUACUCACUGGAUCGUCUCACUUCCUGGAUCACUGCUAAGGUGAUGAGUGGGAUUAUAUCAUGUCUGAAGUACAGGGAACAGUGGAGUUUUCCAUAGAGUUGCACAAGUUUCACAAUGUGGAUCUUUUCCAAAGAGGGUUCUACCAGGUACGAACGGGGUUAAAGGUCUCCCCUCGAGUGCCCCACAGGUUGAUAGUGACAACACAUGACAAUACCGGAGGAGAUUGCAGCUUCAGCUCCCCGGGGGUGUACGACAGCACCGCGUUCAGCCGGAUAUUUCAGAUCCUUUACAGAAACGAGGAUAUCACAGUGAAUGACUGUGUGAUCUUCAAAGUGCACCUGCUAUUGGACGGGGAAAGGGUGGAGGAGGCCCUCAGCGAGGUGGACUUCCAGUUGAAGCUGGAUCUUCACUUCACUGACAACGAGCAACAGUUGGCAGACAUUGUGGCCGUCCCGUUGAUCAGCAGUCGCACGCUCAACCUGCACUUCCACCCGCAGCAAGGCCUGCACCAUCAUGUUCCUGUCAUGUUUGACUACUUCCACCUGUCCGUCAUUUCCAUUUCCGUCCACGCCUCACUGGUUGCCUUACAUCAGCCGCUAAUCAGCUUUGCUCGCACAGGAAAGGGAUCCUGGCUGGGAAAAGGAUCACUUGAGAGUACCAGCGAUCCAUCUGCCAUCUCUGUGGAGAACCUUGUGUUUGGAGCAGGCUACUGCAAACCCAUCAUCUCGGAGGGGAGUUUUUAUGUGCCCAGUGAGGACUGCCUGCAGAGAGCUCAUACGUGGCAUCGAAGGCUCUGUCGCCUCCUGCUGGCCGCCCAUGAUGGCUUGACACGAUACUACACCGCAUUGAUGAAGGAAGUUCCUCAGCUGGAGCAGAUGUCAGAGGACACAGAAGUCCUGCCUAUUGAAGAAACAUUGAAUCAGCUCACAAUCGAGUUACAGCUGCAGGAUGGCCACGAGAAGGUGGCGGAGCAGAUCAGCAGGGACGUGGGCUACUUCUGUUCACAGCUUGCCGCUUCGUGGAGCCGCUUCCUGGAGGUGUCCGUGCUCAACCCCCACAUCCUCUCCUAUCUGGCCCAGGAGCACCACACGCUCAGGGUGAGGAGAUUUUCCGAGGCGUACUUCUUCACCGAGCACCCCAAAGAGACAUCUCUAACCUUUCAAGAGGAGCUAAUCAACAGACAAGGUCAGAUAGCUGCAGAAGUACGCGGCUCCGACUACUUGGCCAAGAUGCCUCCUUUACCUGUCGAGUGCCUGGACAUUGAUGGUGACUGGAACAGUCUGCCCAUCAUCUUUGAGGACAGAUAUGUGGCGUUUACUCUCCCAGAGUGGGGGGCGGUUUGUGCAACACCUGACGAGCAAAAUGGCUCGGAUCCUGCAGCCAGGCGGACUCCAGAAAGAUCCAAAUCCCCUAGAAUGUCACGGGAUCCGCUGGAUGGCGAUGACUGCAUGGAUCUGACCACCUAUGUGUCGCUUAUAGCACAGCAGAGCAGAAGUUCUCAGGACAUCAUUGCAAGGGAGGAGCUAUCGAUAGCAGAUCCGCAGGAUUCGAAGGACGUCUCGUCAGCAGAGGAGAGCUGUAGUUCUCGGGCUCUUGAUUCUUGUAGAACAGAAGAAAUCCAAAAAAUCGGCAAAGGUUCUCCUGCUCAUCUUGGUACAGGAAUGUAUGACACCACAAAAGAUAGCGUUAGCCAAAGGAGUGAGGACAAUGAGUCUGACAUGUCCAUGCCUUUAAAUCAGUCUGUAGAUGAUGAGAGUGAGGAUGCUCCAGUGAGUAUUCCUCCGGUUUGUCAGCACUCUGUUUUAUCUUCCUCCCCUGGUGGUCUCAGAAAAGAGACACCACACCGAGGAGUUCCAGUCCUCUCAAAGAUCAUAAAGCGUUCCUCCUCAGUCAUAUCCGACUCGGGCAUCGAGAGCGAGCCCAGCUCCGUGGCAUGGCCGUCGGAGGCUGCGCUACGAGGUCGUCCCCCUUUGGAUUUCUCCAGCGAACGGGAGAUCCCGCGACAAAAAAUGCUUCGGCACCCCGUCCAUCGUAGCUCUUUGGAAGGCCUGCAGAUGGAGAGCAACGGGAGCCUUCCAAGCGGAGGCAUACAGGCGUCGUUAACGUCCAUAAGCUCGCUUCCUUACGAGGACGACCGCGAGCAGAGUCAAGUCGGCAAACUAACCAAAUCCAUGUCGGCGCCUCAGAUCAGCAGCCCGGAUGACAACGAUGAGGACCAUGUGCUUCUACAAAAGGAUGUGACAGGUGUAGUUCAAGAUUCAAAUCAAAUCAACUUGUCUUUGCACUCAGAGCGGUCGGAAUCACCGGUUUUAGACACAAGUUCAAUGACAAACCAUAGUACUGUCACCUCAGACAGGACCAAUCCUCAACAAAACGGACUGCAGCGCUACAAAGACUGUCAAGUGUUCCUUCUUCAUGAGUCCAUGGAGGGCCCUCACAUCAAGGAGAGUUGUGUUAUGGACCGUGCUGAGGAGAAUGUGAGUAUCUCAGUGGAGGACGUACAUCUUGCUGAUUUGGAAGCACCACCCUGCAGCAGUGGACACGAGCCAAGUGUCCAUAAAAGAAUUGAAGUGGACCAGGAGAGUCUUAACAGCGUAAAUGACCAAGAGUCCAGAACACCUCCAGUACUUGACUCCUUGGGAUUCUCACAAGGUUGCGACAACGCUUCAGAAGUCCAGACGAAGCCUCCGAAGGUCCCCAACUCUGGUCUGGCUUUCGUCAAUAAGAAGAUGGUGGAGGUGGUCAACAUGUCAGUGUCCUGUGCCCCCACCUGUCUGCCCUUUUCCUCUGUUCUAAGAGACUCUCCGUCCAUCAGCGGCAUCUCCACUCGCCAGACUACCUCACCCAUCACCCAUCAGCCACUGGGCUCUUUUGGUAUCAUCUCCUCAAGCCUAGCAAGCCACCUCAGCAUGGAUGAGGAGACCAAUGAACGCAUGCUCAGUUUCUACAAAGCCAAAGAGGAGCUGUUUAAAGGGAUGAUGAGCUUUCAGGCCAGCCUGUACAGCAACAUUCCUCUGCUGGCAUCAGACCUGCCAUACUUCCCUCCUGAGGAGGACGACGAGGAGUUCGAUGAUGGCAUACACCUGGUGGUGUGUGUGCACGGCCUUGACGGAAACAGCGCAGACCUUCGCCUGGUGAAGACGUUCAUUGAGUUAGGCCUGCCAGGAUCAAGGCUGGACUUCCUCAUGUCGGAAAGAAACCAGACUGAUACGUUUGCUGACUUUGACACCAUGACGGACAGAUUGUUGGAUGAGAUUAUUCAGCACAUCCAGUUGUACAAUCUCACCAUAGCAAGGAUAAGCUUUAUCGGACACUCUCUGGGGAACAUCAUCAUCCGCUCGGUGCUGACGAGGCCUCGCUUUCGAUGCUAUCUGGCCAGGUUGCACACUUUCCUCUCGCUGUCCGGCCCACACCUGGGAACGCUGUACAACAACAGCACCUUGGUCAGCACAGGGCUGUGGUUAAUGCAGAAGCUGAAGAAAUCAGGAUCCUUGCUGCAGCUCACCUUCAGAGACCACGUGGAUCCGCGCAAAACAUUCCUUUAUCUCCUCAGUCAGAAACCAGGGCUCCAGUUCUUCAAGAACGUGGUGCUGGUGGCGUCUCCACAGGACCGUUACGUUCCUUUCCACUCUGCCAGGAUCGAGAUGUGCAAAACUGCACUCAAAGACAAAACCACAGGUCCCGUCUACACGGAGAUGAUCAACAACCUCCUGCAGCCCCUUGUGGAGGCUAAAGAUUGCCGUCUCAUCCGUCAGAACGUUUUCCACGCUCUGCCCAACACGGCCAACACGCUAAUCGGGCGGGCUGCUCACAUCGCUGUUUUGGACUCUGAACUUUUCCUGGAGAAGUUCUUCUUGGUGGCGGGACUGGACUACUUCAAAUAACGGUGCUCUUUGUCUCGUCUUGGACCGUCCGCCACGUAGUCUAAUAACAAUAUACUGUAUGUACAUAGCGUUGUUAGGAGGCAGGUGAGUGUGUCAAGUGUUUGUUAGGAUGGAGGGGUUAUUUUGUGACAGAAUGAAAUAAAUAUAAAGUAGCUAGUAAUUCAAAGAUUAUUGAUCCCGGUCAUAAAAUAAAUAAAUAGCUCAAUAAAUUGGUCAUUAAAUAAAUGCAUGAAUUAGUAGGUUCAAAGCAUUUAUUCCUGAUUGUUUCACAACCUAAUUAUUUAUUUCAUAAAAAUACGUUUUAUUUAUAGAAUUGUAUCAUUUAUUUUUUAACUUUCUAUUGAUUUAUUUCUCCAUUAAAAGACAAACCCUCCAUAGGUUAGCGUCCUUGAAAUAAAUCUAUAUAUUUAUUCAUGUAUCGUGACUGUCUGAACUGCUCACUCAUAAGAGUGCGACUUGUAGCCAAGCAGAAGAGAAUAUCUUAACAUCUAUGCGGCAUAGAUGCUUUGUCGGGCUUAUCAAUACGCUCUCACAGCAACCACCCUAACAACAUACGCCAGUUGCAGCACUUCUCCCUGCUUUAUUUGUUCCCCACAAUUCGGCUAGUCCGAGACACAACAUUAGGUACACCUGCCGGCAUCAAAAUACGGGCUGUGCAGCGACAAUAAUGCUGAAUGGUGUUUCUGAUAUUUUAGCCCUUGUAUGUAGCUGGAGUCAUACCUCUUUUACGGUGUCACUCAAAAGUCAGCGUUAUUAUCUGUGUAGCAUCAGGUAGCGUGUACCUAAUGUUGUGGCCUGCGACAGUAUAUUGUCUCGAGUUAGUCUUUUUAUUUGUUAUUUACUGUCCAUUGUUUUUUGCAGUGUGAUUAAAUCCCAUAUCGAAGUGGCAUUAUCCAAUCCAGUACAGGUGUAUUAUACAAGUAUUUACACAUGUAGUCCAGGAGUACAACUAGGUUUUGACACACUCUCUCAUGCUACUGAAGGACAAAGUGUCUCCAAACGUUUGCACCGUGCACAAUGGGCAAUACUCUAACUCACACAGGGAUGAAUAUUGUAACCAUUAAUCCAAAAAUGUACCUAACUUUAGUGAAGUAGAUGCUUACAGAGUUGUGUGGGGGUCUCGGUGGAUUUAGGCGUGUAUUUCCCCAUAAUGCCAGUGAAUGAAUCUGACAUCUUUAUGGGAGCUCAGGUGCACUUUGUAGGUGCAAAAGGUGUGUUUUGUCUUGAACUUUGUGUGCAAAACGGCCUUCUAAAGACAUGAUAUGGCGUAAACAGAUAAUACAAUAGCUGUAUGCAUGGAUUGCUUUUGUGUGACAGCCUGACCGUGGUCCAUGAAGGCAUGCUUGGGUGGAUUUGCUGUGGAAGAAGUUAAGAGCCCCGACCCGAACCCUGCUCUAUAUUAUAUACACGGACAACAAUUCCUACAAAAACUUGCAGAAAGUCUUCCAUGGGGCUGGAAGCUGCAAGUGCCGCAUUGAACCGAAUAUAGGACGACACUGAAUAUAAGACAACCCCCCUUUUGGUCGUUUGCUACCAAUCUUUGCAACAUUGGUGUAUGUGAGUGAAAGGAAGAAAAGCUCUGACUUGCAUGGAGAGAAGUCAUCUAGCGCAGAAUAUAAAACCGACUUUUUUCUGGGGAAGGAAUAGCGUCUUAUAUUUGAUGAUGCAGUCGAGCUGGAUGCACUAUAUGACUUAUUUUGUCUGUGCUUCAAAUGAAGUCAUUCAGAUCACUGCCUGUCCUCCUGCAUAGAUUAUCCGAGUAUGUUUAACCUGUGCACCUGCGUGACGCCAAACGCACUUUAUCGACAACCUUGAGUCAACCUCCAGCCGGCUUUAUAAAAAUCUAUUUUUUUUUCCAUCCGCAACGUGUUUGCCUUUAAACAUGCACCGCCUCCCCGGAGACGAGAAAGGUCACGUCCUGCCCCUCGAAAGCCGUCAACGCCGACCUCAGCUGUCCGCAGCUUUUGUGUCGCUACCCAACGAGUAGACAAACGAUGACAGCGCAAAGUGCUCUCUUCUGGUUAACAGCGUGUCACCGUGAUGGAGCGGAAUCAAAUGGAAGCUUUCAGGGUGCAGCCCUUAGCCAAGAUAGCAUAUGUCAAAGAAACAUAUACAAGCUCCAAGCAUACAAAUAAACUGUCGGGAAUGCGCGUGUCUAAGGGCAACCAAUGGAUUGUGAUAAUGAGCCUUCCCAAGGACAAACAUGUUUACAUCAACGUUUACAGUGGAACCUCCCAAAAGUCACACAAUUGGCAGUUACUGGAAAAAUAUGCCCUGACAAAUCCAAGCCAACAUCGACUUCAAACCACCAUCAGGCCUGCAAAUUUUAGGCAUAAACUCCUCAACUGUUUCUAUUUUGUUGGUUAGUGUUCAUUGCACACUGGUGAGUCAUUUUACUCUAUUUUAGUAGUUUUUAAUACACAUUGCUGACUUCUUUUUGCACUUGUAUGAAAAUGAAUACCUGUACGCAUUUCUGCUGGGCGUCUUGAAAGGGCAAGUAGUUUUACUUUGCUUUACUUUAUUUUAUUCCACGCCGGUUAACUUUUUUUUUUUUUACUUGUAUUGCAAUUAAAACCUGUACAUAUCUGUCAUCUUUUAUACACUUGUACUAGAUUUAAUACCUGUGAUAAUUAUCUGCCAGGCGUCUUGAAAGGGUGAGUAGUUUGACUUUAUUUUAGAUUUAUUUAGUUUCCAUGACACACCGGUGAGUCAUUUGUCCUUUAUUUUAGUUUUAUUUUGUUGUUAUUUUGCACUUUUUACACACGUUUUACACAGUUGAUACCUGUACGCAUCAUCUGUCGGGCAUCUUGAAAGGGUGGGUAGUUUUAUUUUAUUUUAAUGUAUUUGUAUUUUGUAUACACUGGUGAGUAUUUAUUUACGUUAUUUUAGUUUUAUUUAGUUCUACACUGGUUAACAACUUUUACACACUUGUAUCUCAUUACUUGUAAUAUUUAUCUACCAGGCGUCUUAAAAGGCUGCGUAGUUCGACUUUUAUUUUUUUGUAUCCGUCCUUUUAUCCAUCUUCUUCCGCUUAUCCAAUGUCAAGUCGUGAGGGCCGCAGAUUUUUAAAAUAAUUUUAGUUUUAUUUACUUUCUAUUACACACCGGUGAGUUGUUUUCCCUGUAUAUUUAGUUGUUCUUUGUUUUGUACACUUGUAUUCCAACUAUUACCUGCACACAUUAUCUGCCAUGUGUCUUGAAAGGGUGAGUGUUUUUACUUUAUUUUAUUUUUGGAUUUCCUUUCUCUAUCGUUUUAUUCGGGUUUCUUGUACACUGGCUAACUUCUUUUUUUACACUUGUGUUACAAUUAACACCCAUACGAUUAUCUGCCGGGUGUCGUGAAAGGGUGAGUACUUUUAUUAGUGUUUUUUUUGUGUGUAUUCCAACUCAUACCUGCACGGUUAUAAAACAUUUUAUGAUGCUGACAGUUUGAGCCUGAAAUGAAUGAAUGCUUUGGAGGUUCCACUGUAAAUUACACUCAACUUCAAACUAAUUCUUUGUCUCAUGAAACACGAUGUUGCGUAUGUUUCUGCAUUCACCUGGAAUUCCAAUAGAUCAAUGCAAGUGCAUCAGAUUGCCCUUUACUGAGAGUCCUGCUCUCGCACGUGUGUGUGUGUGUGUGUGUGUGUAAGAACGUAUGGGAGACAUAUAUGGGCCUAUGGGCAAGUGUGUGAAAAGACAUUCAUGGUCUAAACUGACAAAUCCGUCAUGUAUUUCAACGAAUGUAAAAAAGAAAACGUCACUGUGAGAAACAUGUAUUUAUUUCAUCCCGUAGUUAUUUUACUAAAUGUAUAAUAUGUAAAGUACAGAGAACACUACUUCAUCUGUGCCAAUGCUACUCGACAGAUAUGACAGUGGAAUAAAAUCAUAGAUUGUUUUGCAUAA